AUGCUAGUCGAGGCAGCAGCGUUGCUCUGUCUGGGCUGGUUUGCCUUCAUCUUUGUAGUCUGCGGACUGGGCUACGCGCAGCUAUUUAUACACUAUCGCAAGCCCCCACCACCAGCCAAUGUUCUCGAGAAGCCCGUUCGCGACAUUCCUCAUGUCACAAUUAUCCGACCCUGCAAAGGCCACGAGCCAUACCUGGCGGAAUGUCUCUCCUCGAGUUUCCACCAAGUCUACCCACGGACCCGGUUGACGAUACACUUCUGCGUUGCAUCGCGAGACGAUCCCGCCACAGCUGUCAUCCAAAGUGUGCUCAAGCAGUAUCCUGGAUUCGACGCCCGCCUCUUUGUCGAAGAUGAAGAUCCUGCGCUGCACACAGCCGACGGUCCGAACGUGCUGGGACCGAACCCCAAGAUUCGAAAUAUGAGUCGAGCAUAUCGCGAGGGCAAGGAUGAUCUGGUCUGGAUCGUUGACUGCAAUGUCUGGGUCUCAAGUGGUGCAUGUGCACGCAUGGUGGACAAGAUAUGUGGCUACAGCAAGGAUGGGCCUUUUACGAAGGCAUUCAAACUCGUCCAUCAUCUCCCAAUCUGUGUUGAUGUCCAUAAUGACUAUACACAUGGGACCAAGUCCCGCAAACUUCUUCGAUCUAUGAGUCAGGGCCAUGAUGCGCCUCUGACAGGCUCGAUCAGCGUCACAGGCAACUCGCAUGGAUCGGGAGGGCGGCUGGAGGAGCUCUUUCUUUCCUCCUCGCAUGCAAAAAUGUAUGUGGCCAUUUCCACCGUGGCUGUGGCGCCAUGUAUAGUUGGCAAGUCUAACAUGUUCCGGCGUUCACAUCUGUACGGUUUGACUGGCGGCAUGGGCAUCGAUUACUUCAGCCACAACAUCUGCGAGGAUCAUCUCAUCGGCGACCUUCUCUGGAAGAGCACCAUCAACCAUUGCCAGCCGUGCAGCACCGACCCUGAAACCGAAAGCGUCUGGCGGAGCUUGGGCAACCACGGACUUGUCAGGGGUGACCUUGCCAUCCAGCCGGUAGCUGGUAUGAGUGUUACUGGUUACAUCGCGAGGCGCGUUCGAUGGCUCCGGGUGCGCAAGUUCACAGUUCCUGCAGCUACAGCUGUCGAACCCGGAACGGAGAGCGUUGUGUGUUCCUUGAUGGGAGCAUGGGGCGUCACUACAUCGCCACUCACCAAGGAUUUUGCUGGCUCGUCAUGGCCCUGGAUGUUGACGUGGUGGCUGAGCAGCAUGUUUAUAUGGAGUUGUGUGGAUCGCACAGUCUAUCUGCUCUUGCACUCAGGCGCAACGGUCGAAGACGACGACAGCGUUCCCACUUUUGCAAAACCGCUUGCGGAACCCUUGAGGGGCAGACGCAGUUGGGCGACGUGGCUAUCAGCAUGGAUCGGCCGUGAGUUCUUAGCAUUUACGAUCUGGUUCUGGGCUAUCUGGGGAGGUGUAAGUGUGACUUGGCGGGAGAGAAGAUUCUGGGUAGGGUUCGACAUGCGUGUACACGAGAUCCCGCAUCAUGGACAUCAGAGAUCAUCAGUGAAUGGGAAUGGGCAUGCGGCAAAGCAUAAGAUUGUGUAA